AUGUGCAUAGUGGUGUUUCUCUGGCAAGCCCACCCACUUUACCCUUUGAUCCUUUUGAACAACAGAGACGAGUACCACAACAGGGCGACGAAGGCAGCGUCAUGGUGGGAAGGCAACGGAGCAGAGAUACUAGGGGGGCGAGACGAGGUGAGAGGAGGGACAUGGCUGGCUUGUUCCAGAGAUGGAAGAGUUGCCUUUCUCACUAACGUCUUGGAAUCUCAUACUCUUCCUCAUGCUAGAACCCGGGGCGACCUCCCACUCCUAUUUCUCAAGAGUGCAAAGAGUCCAAGAGAAUUUGCGGAAGGACUGACGACAGAAGGAGAAUAUUACAGGGGAUUCAAUUUAGUGGUGGUUGACAUAGAGUCGAGAACCAUGGUUUACAUGAGCAACAGGGGACCAAAAGCACAAGGUGAGAGCUUCCAUGUACAGGAAGUGAGGCCAGGCCUUCAUGUUGUUUCCAAUGCAAGCUUGAACUCGCCUUGGCACAAGGCUGAGCGGCUUCGUGGGUUGUUCCAACAAGAGAUGGCCAAGUUUAGUGAUAAAGCCAUUGCUCUUGACCGCAUUGCUGGUGCUAUCAUGAAGGACUCUGUGAAAGCCCCACCUGCCCUUCUCCCUCGCAUAUGCUCUCCUGAUUGGGAACUUUCCUUGAGCUCCAUCUUCGUCCACGUCCACACCCCCUUGGGUGUUUAUGGAACUCGGAGUAUCACUGCGUUGAGUGUGACAUGGAGCGGUGAAGUGAGAUUUUAUGAGCUGUAUUUGGAGGUGGAUAGCACUAAUGCGUGGAAGGACCAUCUUUUCACUUUCAAUAUCCAACAGCAACUGCAUCUCCACAAGCAGUUUCAUUAUCCUUGGCAGAGACACAUGAUGAAGAAAGCAAAGGACAACUGGUGUGCUUCAAAAGUAAAUAUUCCCAACUCUAAGACAUGUGCGAAAGAGGACUGCAAUAUUCAUGCUGCCUUUUUGUGUAUUGCUAAGACUGCUCUAGCUACUGAGCAAGGGCAGGAUAUGUAA